CAGCGAUAACAGCGCGCACUUCUGCUCUUAUCUACGCUUUUCCCCUCGCUCGCCGUCUCUAUCUGUUUCCUUCUCUCCUCUAACGCUCUAUUCCUCUCGCUCUCUCACUCGCUCUUUAUCUCUUUUGUUCAUUCUCUGUCUCUGGUUCCCUCACUCUAUCUUUAACCCUUCUACCGCUUCUCGGCACUCUCGACGGUUGUUGCAUCAGCGCGCUGUACAGAGUGAAACGUUACCGGUUUCAGGUUUGAAGCGCGCCGCGAGUACAGAGUCGAUCCUGCGCUCUUCGCUUUUUCGAGGUGUUCGAUCGGACCACGAGAGAGAGGGAGAGAGAGAGGGAGAGAGAGAGAGAGAGAGAGAGAGAGAGAGAGAGAGAGAGAAAGAGAGACGCCACCAUUUUGACAGUGCGGCCGGCAAGAUCGUGUGGGACCGCUGCACACACAUCUGUCUAUUUUCGUCGGCUAUUUCCCGCACAGAGAGACAGAGAGAGAGAGAGAGAGAGAGAGAGAGAGAGAGAGAGAGAGAGAGAGAGAGAGAAAGAGAGAGAGAGAGAGAGUAGAUCUCGCAUUUCGAAACCAUACGGGCGUAAUACGCUUAUACGUGCCUCUGUGUUUCUCGCUCAUCCUCCCUCCCUCUCGCUCUCUUUCACCCUCCCUGCUGUCUGACGCGGAGUUUCCCUUGGAAUACGGCGCGGGUGAGACGUCGAAGGCGACGGCAGCGGCAUCAUGGCGGUAGAAUCGAGGUGGUUCAGUUGGUUACCGUGUCAGGUGAGGGCCGAACCGGAUAUCUGCAGCAGCGAUUACGACGGCGUUAUCCUGGUCUCAGGAUGUCCGCCCGGCACCAACGAGCCCGAGCCCUUCAAAACCGUCCUAUACGCCGCGGCGCAGAUCGAUGCCGGGCUGGGCGUGCUCGGCGCGGUUUUGCCCAUCAAUUUGCCGGCGAAAAGGCUCAUUUACAGUCCAACGGGUACGAUUAACAUGGAUUAUCACGACGUGCGGAGUUUCGGCGAGGCCGCCGAGCAGGGAAUGAAACGGGCGUUGCAAGCUGGCGUGAGACAGCCGUUGCUGGUGCUGCUGCCCGAUGAACGUUUCGAGAAUGUCGAGAUGGUCACGCUGCUCGGCUGUUUGGAGGCCCUCUACGUGCCCCUGGAAGUGCGGGAGAUAUGUCCGGAGCGAUGCUGCAAGGCGUAUCACCUCGGGGUGUGGGGUCCGAUUUGCAGUAAGAAGCUUCAGAGUAUCGUGAAACUCGCGUUGGCGCUCGAGAGCGGCAGAUUCAUCGCAAGGGACAUCGGCGGCGCCGACCCCGAGAGAAUGGCACCCCCAAGGGUGGAGGAGUACCUGGCUGAUGCGUUUUACGACUCGAACGUCACGAUGCAAGUGAUAUGCGAUCAGAAGACGCUGCUGCAGGAGUAUCCGCUGUUCGCCUGCGUGAAUCGCGCCGCCUCGGUGAUAGCGCGCCACGCCGGCAGGAUCAUAUUCCUGACUUAUGAGCCGCCCACGUCCUGCGUCCUGGAGACGAUCAUGCUCGUGGGGAAGGGCGUCACUUACGACACCGGUGGCGCCGACAUCAAGUACGGUGGCGUCAUGUCCGGGAUGUCGAGGGACAAGUGCGGCGCGGCCGCUUGCGCCGGGUUCAUGCAGGUGGUAAAUAGACUGAAGCCGCCGACGGUGAAGGUCGUGGCGGCGUUGUGCAUGGUGCGCAACAGCGUAGGCGAGAACUGCUACGUCUCCGACGAGGUGAUCACGGCGAAGUCGGGCAUGAGGGUGCGAGUGGGGAACACCGACGCCGAAGGCAGGAUGGCUAUGGCCGACGCUCUCUACCACCUGAAGGAAAUGGCCCUGAACGCGGUGAAUCCGCAUCUGUUCACGGUAGCCACGCUGACCGGCCACGCGAUGUUGACCGUAGGCCCAGGAUAUACCAUCGCGAUGGAUAAUGCGGUGGCCCGGGCGAACUGCAACGCGGAGAAGCUUCAGGCGUCCGGCGAGGUGAUGGGCGACCCGUUCGAGAUAUCGCGCAUACGCAGGGAGGACUUUCGAACACAUCGAGGACGCGCGGAGGGCGACGACGUCCUCCAGGCGCUGAACAAGCCGAGCUCGAAGACCCCGAGAGGCCACCAAGGCCCGGCCGCUUUUCUAAUCAGAGCGUCUGGCUUGGACAAGCACGGGGUAGCGUCGGAGAAGCCGCUCAAGUACAGCCACUUGGACAUAGCCGGUAGCGCCGGUGAUUUACCGGAUCACCCGACCGGCUCGCCGAUCUUGACACUGGCCAAAACGUUCCUUAUCGAUAAGAUCACGUCGGAGACGAAAGACGAGUGAUUUCAAGGGCGACAAAGUUGCUCGAUCGCAACGUUGUCUCUCGUAUUUCUUCUACCUAGGACAUCGUUAUUUCUACGGAGCUUCUGGACGCGCGGUCACGACGCGCCGCUUUCGUGAGACACUGGCGCAGUCAGGCGCCGUGUCUCUCGACAACCUGUCGCGUCGCAAACUUGGUGCUUGGGAAUUACGGAUAAGAACUCGACGUCUAAUGGAACUCUCGGGGCGAACGAACGAGGAAGCGCGCGCAACGAGCAACGAGCAACCCCGCCUAUCAGGAGCGCGGGACUCUCAGCUUUCCAAUGAGCCCUGAUUCGCUCCUCUACGACCGGCAGAAGCGGAGAAAUCGGCGAUUUCGCGCUUCAAGCGGCGCGCGGCCGCUUAUCGUUCGCCUGAAGCCGCCUGCAAGGGUCGGCCGGCGUUCGCUGUUUUGUUUACGCGCGUCAGAUGUGCGAGCGUGGGUGGGGGAGCAAGUCCGCAUUCCGGCGUGCCAUCACGCGGCAGCGGCCCGCUUUUACUCCCACGCACUGUCAAUCGGCCGUCGAGCCACGUGCUUGGCCGACGCACGCGGCCGUGCGGUCAUUCACCCCCACUCGCGCACGAGCAGGACGCAACGCUGCCGCGAUCAGUCCGCUUUGCACCAGCAAGCGGUGCGCGUUAGAGGGGGGUUGAAGCUCGUCGCUCAGGGGAGUGGCCUUGGCCGACGCCGAGCGGCCCGAAAUUUCAAGAGCCCGUAACUCGCGAACGGAUCGACGUAGAGGCAUGAAACAAAAAGCAGUCUUCUUGGCGAGCGAUUCUGUGUCGGCGUGUUACUCUUGUCCGAUGUUGUCGUGGCACGCCUUUCUAUGUUCUCGCGAGUUCCAUUAGCAGGGCGAACGUGACGUGACUUGCGCCUCGGCUGGAAUAUAUUUUGCGCGAGCCGCGCGUGCCGCACUUCGUGCAGUGCGGCUUAAACUUUUAUAAUUCUUGUUACAUGGGUACGGCUAUCGUGAACGCUAUCUGCGAGAAUAAAACUGGCUAUUUCUCUCCAGAACCGUCCAGUGUCGAAAUCCAGUUUGAUCGAGCGAUCGAUAAUUCCUCGUGAAACGGGGAGAUCCCUGCGAGCGGUCAGCAAUGUACCUUCUGCAAUAUUCUGCAGAAUUUACGCUACGAAUGUUCAAUAUUCGUGACAAAAAAUUUGACAUAUCCAACGGGGAAGCGUGAAUAACGGUUAAUACCUCUCCAUUCGUCCUCAGUUUUUCGGAAAGCGCGAUCCGUAUAUUCUCAUGUGUCAGACAGAGACACUCGUUUUCACAUUAUUAUCGCAUAUCUGUCAAGAUUACCAGUUACAUGCACUCGACACUCUGUCCAACCAGGUACAAUGAAUCUUUUAUGCGCGAUCGACUUAACGCUAGUAGCGCGGAAAGGCGUUAAUGGUGGAUUAAGAAGCUUUUCCAUUACAAUGACGUCUAAAGACUCA